UUAAGGAGCUGUUGGGUGGCGCGCCGAUGCCUGAUGAUCAGCCUUUCCCGAUCGAAGUUUGGUUUGGUUUCCACACCAGUCCCUCGGUCAGAACUCUCCUUCCUGCUCUGAAACUCUGCCAAUCAACACCUGGUUUUCCCUGAUCUGUCAGAUUUGUUCUGAGUGCCUCCAUCUCCUCAUUCCGUCAACUGAUCUCCUUUUCCUCCGUCUAUUCCUCCUUUGAAACGGCGCGCGCACAUCGCCGAUAAUCAACCUGCGCUGCUGCACAGGAGCAUCCCGGCUGUCGGCGGUCCCUCUCUGCCUUCCCGCUGGAUGUUUGCGCAGAGAGCCGCCGCUCUACAUCACCUCUGAACUUGGAAGCGCUCCGGUUCCGACACCAUGGCGCUUUCUGGGUGACGGAUCCUUUCGGGUUUAUUUGGAAAAGUUGCGCUGCGUCAUGGACCAACAGCGCAAACUUUAAGAGCUUUUUAUUCCCCCCCUUCUUCUUCUGAUGAGAGUUAUUUCACGAUGAAGGCAGGUGAAUCCCCCGCGGCGCUCCUCAAGUAGACUGGGCUGGGAAAGGCGACACGGAGGGAGUCGUGCUGCAUGCGGAGGACCGGGGAAUUGGACCGAUGAGACAACAUGGGUCCGCUGCUGUGUGAUGGAAGGCUGACUUGCUUUCUUUUCCCUCUGCUCCUGCUCCUGCGAGCUCCCUUGUUGUUCAGCUUUGGUGAGCGCACGUGCCCCAACAGCUGCCGCUGCGAGGGGAAGACGAUCCACUGCGACUCCUCUGGGUUUUUAGAAGUCCCAGAAAACAUCUCAGUAGGCUGCCAGGGUCUCUCCCUGCGCUACAAUGAACUACAUGCCCUGCUACCUUACCAAUUUGCUCACCUGGGACAGCUCCUUUGGAUAUACCUGGACCAUAAUCAAAUUUCAGUCGUCGACAGUCGAGCGUUCCAGGGAGUUCGAAGGCUUAAAGAGUUGAUACUGAGCUCCAACCGGAUCGCGUCUCUACAUAACUCGACCUUCCAUGGCGUCCCCAACCUUCGUAGCCUUGACUUGUCCUACAACAAACUGGAAAUCCUGCAGCCGGGUCAAUUCCAUGGCUUACGAAAACUACAAAACCUUCACCUGCGCUCAAACGGUCUCUCCAACAUCCCGAUUCGAGCGUUUUUGGAGUGCAGAAGUUUGGAAUUUCUGGAUUUGGGCUACAAUCGAAUCAAGGCUCUCACUCGCACCACCUUCUUGGGAUUGCAAAGGCUGAUGGAGUUGCAUCUAGAGCACAACCAGUUCUCCAGGAUCAAUUUUUUUCUGUUCCCACGCUUAGCCAAUCUGAGAUCCCUCUAUUUGCAGUGGAAUCGCAUCAGAGUGGUCAACCAGGGCCUUCCCUGGACUUGGUACACACUGCAGAAACUGGAUCUGUCCGGGAAUGAAAUUCAGACGCUGGACCCGGCUGUUUUCCACUGCUUACCCAACCUUCAAGUCCUGAACUUGGAAUCCAACAAAUUGUCCAACGUGUCCCAAGAGGCUGUGACGGCCUGGAUCUCACUGACCACUAUUAGUCUGGCUGGCAACAUAUGGGACUGUGGAGCGGGCAUUUGCCCCCUUGUUGCCUGGUUGAGAAAUUUCCGGGGCAGUAAAGACACCACCAUGAUCUGCAGCAGCCCCAAGCAUCUCCAGGGAGAGAAAAUCAUGGAGGUCACACGGAACCACGGCAUUUGCGAGGAGAAUGAUUACUUUAUGACUGAAACGCCAUCACCGAUGCCGGAGCUAAUCUCUGAUGCCACGGCUGAACCAAACUUUGCCCCCACCAGCGGUUCGCCAACGACCCCACCAACCAGCACCUUUGGUCCCCUCCCGCCCUUCAGACUUCGACCAAUUCCUCAUCCAACCUAUCCAGGCCACAUGAGCAAAGACACCAGAAACACAGCGAUUCGCACUCGGCCCACCCUCAUAUCGCCCCCGGCGAUGGAGCACAUGGCGCUGCACAAAGUGGUGGUGGGCAGCGUGGCGCUCUUCUUCACCAUGUCUCUCGUCUUGACCAUUAUCUACGUGCUGUGGCGGCGUUACCCGGGCGCUACGCGGUUGCUGCAGCAGCGGUCAGUGGUGGGACGGAAGCGGCGCAAAAAGAGCCCAGAGCCCGAGCAAAACCUCAGCUCCCAACUCCAAGAGUAUUACAUGAGUUACAACCCCGCUGCCACACCAGAGGCACUGGAGGUGCUUGGCAACGGCACUGGUUCCUGCACUUGCACAAUUUCUGGCUCCAGGGAGUGUGAGAACGAGUACACGUGUCCACGCCCCCUACCUGCUGCCUGGCUGGGAGAUGUGCCUACAAUCCAUUAACUCUCAGAGAAAAGGACUGUUUGAGAUGAUGCAACAAAUCAAAGCCCGUCCCGCGAGCCCGCCAGGAUUCCUCUCUCAUCGCUCAGAUUGGAGGAGACGCCACAAUCGUCCUCCAUGCAAACGGAUUCAAGGCAACAAUCCAUCCAGUGGAAAAAGAGGAGAUAAUGUGGUGGCUUCUCUCUUUUUUCUUAAGAUUUUAUAACAUCUUUUUUUUAUUUCUAUUAUUUGGUCUUUAGCGUUUCUCACAAACACACGCACCGAUGGUUGAGGAUUCCUGUUGUGCGGACUAAUGAGAGCCAAGGGAUGGAUACAAUAAAGAUGGCCGCCCACUGCAGGGACCCUAACGGCUUAUUGUCUCCUUCAGGACAACAUGGCGUCGUACGAAAAGGACAAGCUGUUCCUGCAACACAGGGGUGUGUAAUUUAAAAUGGGUUUCCAUGUUUUCAACUCCUGUGAAGCAUCAUUAUAUAAUCUUUCAGUACAUUUUUUUAAAAGUAAAAAAGAAAAGACUAAUCACGAGCUGCAAUGGUUCCUCACAGAAAGUACGAAAAGAGGAAUCUGCUUUGGUUGUUUUGAAGUAUUUUGUUUUGUUCGGAGAGUUUUCUAAAUUCUUUCCAAAUAAAAUGAAAUUUCAAGGAUAACUUUUAAAAAGGGAGACAACAAAAAACAAAAACAGAAAUGAGGACAGAUGCUCCAGUCAAGGACAAAUUGUGAUUUCCAGAAGUUCUGCUGUUGUUAAUGUUGUGUUUUUAUUUUCUUUAAUUUUAUUUUUUAAGAAAAAAAUGUGUGUUUGAGCAACAGAUACCAAAGAGCCAAAUGAAUCCUUCUUUACUUUUGGCUCACCUUAACAUACAGGCGCAUCUCAAAACAUUUCUGUAUCAAACAAAAAGUUAAUUUACUUCAGUGAAUCUGGAGCAUUAGCUUCAGAAAGUCGUUUAUUUCUGUUAGUUGUGAUGAUUACAGCUUACACCAAAUUUAAACGAAACAUAAACAGUUUCCCAGAAAGUUAAAAAUAUUACACAGGAUCUUUGAGAAAUAUGGAUUUAAAACAGAACUGCUAUGGAGUCAGACUAGCGACUUGACAGUUAUCCAGCAUCCUCCGUGAAUCCAAGCAAAUUAAAGUUUAGUGGAAGGACAAACUGCAGUAGAAAAAGUUCUAAAAGCAUUUAGCAUCUAAUUAGUUUAUAUAAUGUAUAAUCAAUUGAUAAUUAUAUAAUCAAAUGAUAAUUUAUAUUUUUUUAAAUAUAAAUACAUAUAUAUUUAAAUACAAAUAAUUAAAUAUUUUAAUUUAAGUUAAAAUAUAACUUUUUUUAAACUUCUAAGUAAGAUUUAUGAAAACGAACAAAAUUAACGGUAAUCCUCCCAAGAAAGUGGUUAUCCAUUUUUUGUGGGCAAUUUGUUUCCCACUGCAUGUUUUCCUUCCACUAAACUUUCCCCCAAUAUGCUUGGAUACAUGACUGAGUGGCCAGUUUCGUAUAUGACAAAUUGUGGCUUAUCUUCUGUCUAUUCAGAGAAGUAAAGGGACAAUGUGGAAGUUUGUGGAUGUUUAUGACAUUUCUGUAAUAGCUUCUUUUUUAAAGGGAGAUUUCAGGUAAGAAAAUGAAUUAGUCAUAAGGCUUAUUUAUCAAAAUCAACAGAAAUGAAAGCUUGGAAUAUGUCUUACGCGGUAUUACUGAAAUAAAUAAACUUUCAAUGAGAUGCACCUAUAGUUCACGACAAAUCUGGUAUUUAUUUUCUUUACAGAUUAAAUAUUAAAAAAAAGGCCUCAACGCCCUUCCGGUCCAGCGGUGCUCUGCUGCUGAAGCUGCUUUUCUUUCUUUUCUUUCUCCUUUUUUCCUCCUCCCCUUUUUUCUUUGCAUCAUGUGUGCAACGUGUGUCUUUGUGAAUAAACAACCUUGCAGCGGCAGGAAGAUCUUGUCGGAAAGAAAACUCUCAGCACUGCUUUACAUUGUAAAACUUUUCUUAAACCAGAAUUAAUAAAAUAAAAAUAAAAAAUCAUGCUUUCUUCAAAAACAAUCACCCUGCUCGCCCCCCUUAAACAGACUGCAUAAUGUUGCUGUGCACGGUUCUGCGUGGGCUUGUGUUUCUCUUUAUUUUUUUAUUUUUUAUUUUUAUUGUAUUUGAAACCCACUGAGUCGUGGAUUGUUUUAACCUGUACUCUUUCUACACAAGAUGAAUAAUAAUACUUUUUUAAUGUAAAUCUCUACUUCUUCUUCUUCUUCUUCUUCUUCUUCUUCUUCUCCCCAUUUGGAUUUGUUGCGGUAUUCUUUGUUCACUUUCAACAGUAUGUUUUAUAAUUAAAAUGAUGACUUUACUGGUGAGCAAUAGUAACUGGUCAAAUUAAAAACCUCCA